AUUAUUUAGGUCGCAGAUUGUGUCAAGGGAGAUAAUUCAACAAAUCAGCUGACUGUGGCUUCUGUCAAAAUAUAAAAUCCAGGAUGGAAGCUGUAUUGAAUCCUUGAGGAAUGACUGAUAUUCCACCAAAUGUAUCUCUGCCUCUGCUUGGAAUCGGCCUCAUUUCACUCCUCCUAAGUUUUAUAUUUUGUAUUUAUAUGUGGAGGUUAAGAUGUCGUGCAAGAGAAGAAAGAGGCUAUAAUAGGAUCCAGUUUAAAGAAAAGAAUAAGAAAUAUUCUUCUAAAUUUAACCCAGUAAAGAAAAAAACAGUAAUUUAUAGUUGUAUGUGUGCAGUAUGUCUUGAGGAAUUCCGAAAUUAUGAAUAUAUAGCAAUAUGUAGAUGUAAACAUUGUUUUCAUAUGAAUUGUUUGCUGCAGUGGUUGAAACAUCGUAACUUCUGUCCUAUGUGUAAAGCAACUGUACAGAGAGUACCAUCAGGUGAAAGAUCUAGCUUGAUAAUAAUGCCUCAACAAGCCGUGCCAUCUACCAGCAAUGAACCUUCUGUAGAAGGAGCACAGAGGGUAUAAAAAAUGAUUACCCAUCAUAGAGUUUGAUUAACAGUUGUUUAUCUUAUUCCUUAUUGCAUAUACACCUUUUCUCAAACUCUCACCAGAUUUUUCCCACUGGUUGAUUGUAUUUUUAAAUUCAACAUGUGGUUCAUUUGAUUCACACUUUUCCAUUGGUUAAAAUUAAAUUAUGUAGGCAAACCUCAUGUUUUAUCUGAAUUUUCAUAUGGGACGUCAUGAAAAAAGGUGACCAUAUCUGAUGACGUCACAUAUAAAGAACACAUCUUUUUGUAGAUCAUUGUAAAAUAAAGAUAAAGUUUGUCUACAUAUUGUCUUAAAAUCAUAAGAGAAACAGAUUCCACCUCGGAUCUCAUGCAAUACGAUAUUUUUCAACUCUCGACAGCUAAAUUUUUAAUACCUGGGUUGCGUUCAAUAUUGUAGCAGCUAGUGUAGCCGCUAUGUCUAGAUAUAUAUCUAUGUUGAAUGCUAUGUUGCGUAGCUAGCCUAUUAAAAUGACGUCAUGAGUAAUAAUCUAUCUGACACCAUUUUGGAUUUCCUAGAUAGCAUGAAUUUUUUGGGCUAAUUGGCGUCUAGGCUAGCUAUUCGUUCUUUUAUAGUCAAAAUCUACAUAGCUCUAUGUAGCAGCUACACUAACUGCAGUGGUAGAAUCUAUAUACAAACCACUAUUAUACAUAUACAAGCAAUAUGUGAUGGAUACUUAAAAAUUAUAUAAAAGUAAUAUACUUAAUCUCUACAAAUAUAUGAGAAAAAUAGCAGUCUGAACAUUUCCUCAUGCUUUUAUAGCUAAGUGGUUCUAGUUCAAAAUUUCUUAGAAUAUAAUGUUCUCUUAUUCAAUUGUAGUUUUUUCUUAACUGGAUACUGUAAACAUGGAUUUUUUUUUUGUGGGUUGUUAUUUUUGCUACAUCAAUGCAUAAACGUUUUGUGAUGGAGUCAGAUUGGCUCAUCCAACAGUUAGUUUCCUCCUCACGUCAAUAUUGUUUGCACAAACUUUCAGACUGGAAAAAUAUUUCCAGUUCAUUUUAAGUGAUCCAGAAAUAAGUGAAAAUAACCCACAUUCAAAAUUUUCUCUAUUUUUAUUUCUCAGCAUGUUCAAGCCAAACUGUGAUGAUUUUGUGUAAUUUCUUAAUUUUACUGGAUUAACUGUCAUUGCAUGUCUGUUUGACCUUUGUAAAUGAUCCAUUUUAAACAAGAAUAAAAAUGAUGAUUUAAUAUUUUUAAAUUCAAUUUUCAUGCAUUUUAUUUCAAGUUUAGCCCAAAUGAUACCUAUUCCUUUCUAUGGGUGAUUUUUGUUUAAAACUUGUGUAAACUGAAAUGAUAUUGAUAUUCAAGUGAAGAAAAAGAAUUUGUCAUUGGCUGCAUUCAAGCCAUUCCAAAGCUAUUAUCUCAUUUUACACAAACAGAUACACACACUCCUGUGUGCAUUAUUUGCUGAUGAUCUCAACCCCUAGCUGGCCUUUAGUGUACACACCCAUCUCUCUAAGAACUGAUGUUUGUCUGAAUUUGCAGAGUUAGAAUGUUGUCAAUAAUGUUAUUAAAUUUAAUUUGAUUCAGAACUAUUAAAGUAUAUGUUAUGAAUGUAAAAAGUUUUGUACAUAAAAUUCUAGAUGAUCCGGUACAAAUUAAAUUUGCUGGUUGGUCCUUUUUAUAGACUUCUGUAUAUAUAUAUAUAUAUAUAUAUAUAUAUAUAUAUAUAUAUAUACAGUAUAUACUCUGGUGAAAACUACAAGAUAUAGGAUUUUAUGCAAUUUUUAGUGUCAUUGCAAUAAUAAAAGUGCCUUUAAUGAUAUCAGUAUUACAUGUACAAAUUUGUUUAAUGUAAAGUAUAAAAAGGUGUUUCUUUUGUAAUAUCUUGAUUUAUGGUGUUAAAUAAUCAAUCUGACCAAAAGUAACAAUAUAUUUAAAAAUUAAAUUUUAAAUGGAAUAUUUUUGAUAAGGUUCAUAUUGACAACAAAACAAUGAAUUUACACAGCCUUAUUUUUAUAUUAUUUAGAAGUAUUUGUAAGUCUUCAAUUAUCAGUGCUCGCUACAUACAUGUAGCAUGCUCUCAAGUUGUGGAGGUUGUGGGUUCCAUCACACUCAAGCCGUACAAAGACAUGAAAAUUGGUAUUUGCUGCUUCUCCUCCAAGUAUGCAGCAUUUAGCAGUACGAGCAAAGACUCUGGAUUGUUAUCUUGUGAACUUAAGCAGGUUUAAAAUCCAGCUCAGUGUAUUGGUCUAGUAUAAAGCAGCCUCACAUGUUCAUAUUCAUAACACAUUAACAUGUGGUUGUCUUUGAUAUGCAUUUAAUUUGCCACUGGAGGUCAAACAGUCAACAAUUUUCAAUUGUUUAUAUUUCAAUUAAUUUUUUCAUCAUCAGAAUUAUCAUAAUAUACUUUUACCUCUCAAAAUAAUGCUCAUGUUAAGAAUUUAGAGUUAUGUUGAAAUCUUUUCUGAAUGAAUUUGUUUCUAUUAAAUGAGGAGGAGGCUAUCAGGCAAUCUUUUGGCUCCUUGGAUAUAAAAUCUAUAAGUACUAAUCUAAAUCUAUCAACUUUUUCUUUAAAAAAAUAAAUAUUUAAAAAUCCUUAAGAAAAUUUAAUCUAUCUGAAAGAAAAAUAUAUUUUUGAAGUACUAUUACAGACUUUUUUUAAAGAGGGCAUAGAGGGUGUAUGCCCCCCUCAUUUUAAAAAUAUAAUUUUUUGUCAUAAAAUUAUCAAGAAAAUAUCCUUUUACAAUUUUUACACCCCCUUUUCUUUGAACCCUGGACUUGCACCUGCUUUUGUUUAUUUUUUCUCCACAAUUUUUACAUAUAAGUGACCAUUAUGAAGUAAUUUUUUGCGCUGAUAAACAAGAUAAAGCAGUUUAACGAUUGUCUUGUUGAUGUAAGUGUUAUUAGAAUUUUGUACAAAUAACUUCAAAUCUGGUGCAUAUUUAUUUAUCUAGUCUCUCUUAAUUUAAUCAGCAUUAAGUAAAUGUGUCUAAUACUAGCUGUCUGUAUUUGUUACUUAAUCAUUUGUGUUAUCAUUAUGUUUAUAAAUUCAUAAUAUUGCAUUGUUGAUAAUUAUUCAUUUGUAUGGUAUUCACAGUAAAAGUUAUAAAAAUAAAACUGUUAUAGCAUGUUGAUAUUAUAAAACAAAAUGGGUUUUUUUUUCAAUGGAUUCGCAUAUUACUUUAUAAUAAUUAAAGAUUUCAUAUUUGUUGAUAAAGGCAACCAUACAUGGCACCCAUUGAAGGCAUGUGCUGCAUUGAAGUAGGGCAUUUACAAUUGCAAGUAGAUGAAAUUUUCUUUAUGAUAUGUGUUGUUGAUUUGUGUAAAACAAAAAAAUAAGUGUAGUUCUUGGCUUUCAUGUAUGGUUGAACAAAACAGAUAGUAAGACUUUGCUAAAGAUUAUUUUAGAGUUUGUUAUUGGUUUGUACGAGCAAGUUUAGGAUAAUAAUAUACUUUCCUUUUUCCUCUGAUGCGAUGUUUCAAUGUGAGAAUCUUUUGAUAAAAAAGUGUUUUAAACGGGUAGUUUCUUGCAAUUGAAAUAUUGUUAUUGUUGCAUUAUUAAAUUUUUGUUAUAAAAUUCAAAUAAUGACAGUGCUCACUCCAUUAACAAUCGCCAGUUUUAUUUAAAAAUAGGGCAUAUUAAGUUAUUAUAUAUUCAAUUAUCGCACCUCGGGUAAAAUUAGUGACAUUAUGAUUGGUUUAAUGCUAUCAUGUGGAUCCCCUAUGGAUCUGUAUGGGUUCAGUAAAUUUCAUAUGGGGUUCAUGAUGUCACGUCUACUGUUAAUGGUGACAUCAUCUGCUAAUGUUAUUGUAUUUCAGUGUUUAUUUUUUUGGAAAACUUGGCAGGAGAAAUCCUUUUUGUGAUAAAUUCAUUAUACAGUUCACUACUGACCCCCUACAGAUCCAUAGAGGAUAUGGGUUUUACUAACCCUGGAAUUUAUUCAUCAUUGAAAACAAUAUAUAUAUUAUGAUAAACUGUUUUUCCAAUUAAAAAUAUUUUCACAUUUUGUGUCACACUUUCAUAUGUUGAAUCCAGUAAAAUGUUUAACAAAUAUUUCAUUUCAGUAUACAACAAAAUGUAUAUAUAGGUUGAUGUAACAGCCAGAUAUACAAUGUAUAUGAUUUAUACCAACCUAAUAAUUUUACUGAAAAAAAUAUAAAACUUUAUAUAUCCACACUUUUUGGUACAAUAUCAGAUAAACUUUUUUUUUGUGUAAGGCAGAGUGUACUACAUCAUCUUUAUUUACAAUUUUCUUACUCUCACUGAACGGAUGAUAAUAUUAAUGAAUUAUUACUAUAAUUUUAUCAUUUUCCAAUGGUAUGUUUUGUACAGAUGAUCUUUAAGCAUAAAACUUGGUGUCUAAAUUAUAUUUGCUUUUCUUUUAGAGAUGUCCAAAGUGACUUGAUUAUUGUUUUUGGUGAUUGUGUAAAAUAAAUGAAUUAUAUUUUUAUUGUCAAAAAUUUUGUAAAAGGUGUUAGUACAAUUUAUAAUGAAAUAUAACACUCUACAGUUUUGUUUCAAUCUUCUCUGUACAAUAAUAUUGCCUAUUUCAUUAGUUUUUAAUUUUUAUGGUAGUGUUAUUUUGUUAUAAAUCUUCAUUUAUGUGUUAUAUUAUUAUAUGCUAGCAGGGUUGUCUUAAAUUGUGUUGAUUUAAUUUUUGUGACUGUUUAGGAUUGUUAGCUGCAUGUUUGUAUAUUUCCACUCCUGCACUCUUUUUUCUCCACAUUUACAAGGGUCUAAAUCAAAGUACUUACAAAGAUCUUAAUUGUAAAUUAGUUGAUCCCUAGUUGAAUAUUGAUAACUGUGGAUUCAUUAGGAUUCGUGGGAUACCAAUUUACCGUUGUCUUCAUGGGUAAAGGAAUAACAUGAGUUUAAAGGAUCAAGGAAAUACAAAUUAUAUAUAGAUUUGUAGGCAGACUUUGUUAAAACUACAAAAUCAAUUAUUCCCCAAUUUCAAAUGCAAUUUUCGCUCAAAUUCAUGAAAAUUAAUGAAUGCACAGUCUUAUUCUUUUUUGGCUAUGUUAAUAUUACUGUCUGUAAGAGUUUAAAAAAAGACUAGAAUAUAAAUAAAUUAGUUAUUUAAGAUAAAAACACAAAAUUAGAUCUAUCCGCAAUAUAUACAAUUAAAAAAAAAAAAUCAGUUUUCAAAUAUAGUGCUAGGUACUAGUCUGUUGUAAUGUAAAAAAGCUUUUAAUUUAAGAAUACAUAUUGGCCAUUAAUUGUGAAUGAAACACCUUACUUGUUUCUUUGAUUGGUUAUAUUUAACGUUUAUACAUACUGUUUUACUCGGUGCCAUUUAUAAUUGUUACAGUUGUUUUAAUUAUUGUUGCAAAAUGAAGAAUAUAUAUUUAUAUAAUAACCUUGCUAAUAAAGUAUUAAAAAUA